AUAUCAGCUGAUGUUUUCGUAGGAUCCCUUGAAUUUGAAGGAUACCCUCAUUAGUCGUCUCCUAAGGGAAUCGUUACAAUCCUUGUUUAAUGCUUGUUGAAAGUGAUACGUUUUGCUCGAAAAUGGGGACUUCAAGGAGUCGCAAUACAAAACAGAAAUUUACGAUGGUUGCGCCCAACCUUUUCCUACCUCAUGAAAGGGGAAAUGAGGAUUUAAAACAGCCUGGUACUCUUCUGCAUCAGGAUUCAAAUAAGGAGCUGGGUCAUCAUAAACCCAGUUUACUCAGGUUGUUGCUUCCACAGAAGUCUUGACCCCAAAAAAUGGAAGGCACAUUUGGACCUUUCACAUUCACUUCCAACUUUGAGUGUGGGAACUUAGCCCGUGUGGAAAGGGUUGAUCCUCCAGGGUCCGUGCAUCUUUUGGGAUCAGCCGCAUACAACCCAGGAGGUAGCAGCUCAUCUGGGACAUUUGGGAGUGGACGUAAAUCGCACAAAACAGCCACGAAUCAGCCCACUCCUGAUGCUCUUCCUGUCAAUUAUGAAUUUAACCUGUGGACACAACCAGACUGUGCUGGAACAGAGUUUGAAAACAAUAAUCGAACCUGGUUCUUCUUUGGCAUUAAAGGUGGUUGUGUCAGUAAUAGAGUAAGAAUUAAUGUGAUGAAUCUUAACAAGCAGUCCAAGCUCUUCUCACAAGGAAUGCAACCAGUCAUGCAGUGCAUCUCUGGCAUGCGGCAUCCACGGUGGGAACGCAUCAAGGAUAGAUGUACCUACAGGAGUGAAGAAAAUAGCACAGUGAUAUCAUGGGUUCAUACAGUCAGUGAUCCAUGUGCUGUUACCCACUAUGCCUUUACAUACCCAUACACAUACACUGAAUUGCAGACGCUCUUGGAUAGUCUAGAUCGUCGAUUUCCUGCUGACUGCCCAAGUGUCUAUUAUCAUAGAGAACUUUUGGUGUACUCAUUAGAUCACUGGAGAGUCGACUUGCUUACUAUUAGUUCACAUAAAGGAAAGAGUGAAGACAGAGAACAUAGGUUACCGGGACUCUUCCCCUUGCCUGACCAGCCACGUCCCUUUCGUUUCCCCACUAAAAAGGUUGUGUUUGUGUCUGCUAGAGUUCACCCAGGAGAGACAUCCUCAAGUUUUGUCCUGAAUGGCUUUCUGAAUUUCAUUUUGUCUAAUGAUCCACGAGCUGUAAAGCUCCGAGAUUUGUUUGUUUUUAAGCUCAUCCCUAUCCUUAAUCCUGAUGGUGUUGUGAGGGGUCAUUACCGCACUGACCAGCGGGGUGUUAACUUGAAUCGUGUCUAUGUUGAUCCGUCACCAAUAUUACAUCCAACUAUAUAUGCUGCUAGGCAGAUAAUCCUUUACCACCAUCAUGGGAAGGUGACACCUCUCACAAGAGACAUGCCAUCAGCAGCCUCUACCACGGAAUCAGUCAGUGCAGCAGACACAGCCUCUAGCAGUGAUGCUGAUAUGUCCUGUAAGGGCCCUCCUGUUGUUAUGGAUGAAGACACCUGUCAUAGUUUCAGUGAUGUUCAGAGUGGAAAAGCUGGAGGCUUAGCUAGUGGUAGAAUAAAAGGAGCCUCCCUUAUGGAACUGGAUGAACCCUCAGCAUCUGGAUGGGACAUCUCCAGCAAUGUCUCUGUAGAUGGUACCAAUACACAAAGCAGCUCAUUCCAGAGAGGUUUGCAGCCAAGUGAAGUGCAUGAUGAUUGUUCAAAUGUGUCAAGCAUAAGUGAAGCGGAAACUGGGGUCACAAGCAUGUUUGGUUCAAUGGCUGCUGUGAGUGACUUUACAGACAUCAUUUCAAAGAAUAAUAGAAAUUGUGCCGAAAGCAACAAACCUGGGGUUCAUGAGUGCACCACAGAAGUUAGAGGUGUUGAUUAUGAGAGUAGUAAUAAAUCUAGAGAUUUAUUUGUGAAAGACUUUCAUAAAGAGGAAAAGGACAAAUUAGGUGGUUUCGUUGGUGGAGGCAGUGAGUUUGAGAAGGGCACUUUGAAUUCUCUAGGGAAAGACUUCAACAUUUGCGAUGGUGUAAAACCUAGCAGGUUAUCAUCAGCCACUCCAAGUGUUUUGCAGACUCCGAGUGUAAUGCCAUAUUCCAGUGUUUCAUGUACAGUGUCUAGUCAAUAUUUUAAAGCAGAAAAUGCCAGUGAGAACAAAGAUUUGAGAGUUCCCACACACAGUACUUAUAAGAGGGAUGUAUCAAGUGAGAAAAGAAAUUGUGGUAUACCAUCUACAUCACAUAGUUUGCCAUGUAAAGGUUUGUCAUCAAAUCUUAAUUCUCUGUCGAGCAUGCCGUCUACAAAAGAGAUAUGUGGUGUUGCAAGUAGCAGUGAAAGUGAGGCUGAAUGUGGCCGACCUGGCAGGGAAGCUGAAAGUAAUAUUGGGAUCCUGGAUGCUUCUUUGCAUUUACCCUCUGAUGCAUUUAGUCCUAUGGUUAACCCAGUGACCACUAGUAUACCAAAGGAAACGCAGGUUUCCUCAGGUCUCUUCCUGUAUGUAGAUCUCCAUGGACAUGCAUCGAAAAGAGGUAUUUUUAUUUAUGGCAAUUGGUAUGAAGACCCAGCUGUGAUGGUAGAAAAUAUGCUUUUUCCAAAAUUGAUGGCUGUGAAUUGUCCAAACUUUGACUUUGCUGCCUGCAACUUCUCUGAGAGGAAUAUGUAUCUUAAGGAUCGCCGUGAUGGUAUGAGUAAAGAGGGUUCAGGUCGGGUAGCUAUAAUGCGAGCCACAGGUCUCCUUCGCUCUUACACCCUAGAAUGCAAUUAUAAUACUGGCCGAACUUACAACCCAACUCCACCCUCCCCUCUUGACCACCGGAAGAAUCCUCAAGGCUCAUUGCCUACACCUCCAAAGUACAACCCAUCUGUUUUUGAAGAUUGUGGGAGACAGCUAGGAGUGAGUCUUCUAGAUCUUGUUGGUGGUGGCUGCAACUGGUCCCGAAUACCACAAUCUCAGUAUGGUAAUUUAGCUGGAGUGAGGGCAUGGCUUCAUCACUUUCUCACUUCUUCGGCAUUGUCACCUCGCACACAGACAACAACCCCUCAUACACCUAGAACACCUGCUCGUACAACUAACAAGCUAACAGUAGAGAGGCUUAGCAGCAGAAACUUGGGGAAUGGUUCACGAUUAGUGUCAGGUAGACCAGGACCUCCAAGCACUCCUGCGUCUCCAAGGUUACCACGUAGUCGAGGACAGCGUGUGCGUCGGCAUUCUUGGUGCCUUACUGUAGAUGCUGAAAAUCAAGAACCCCAAGAGAGUAGUGCCUGUCCUCGACCAGCUAGUGCCAAGAAACCCAUGGGUUCAGGUAGCCACUCUCCGAGAUACAAGCAGAAGUCCCCAAAAAUUAAGUCACCUCCCAAGAAACCUGGUGUUUCUCGUUCUUUGACUUUUACAGAACUUGGAGAAAGCAGCCACUUAGGUAGUGGUGAAACAAAGCUUGCAAGCAGUAAAAUUAACACUUGCAAGCACAGUCUCACAGCUAAUGUAAGUCUCACACCAAAUUUGAGUGUUAAACUGUCAAUCUCUGACACUCCUGAAAGUCCAACUUUGGUGAAGAAAGUUGAAAAGAUCAGGAGACAAAGAAGCAAAGGUCUGAAUGGUGGAACAAAGAAGCUAAAAAUAAGCCCAAGUUCCAGUUCCAGUACAGAAGAAACCUCCCUUAAAGGAAAAGACACCUCUUAUUAUAGUCUUCCCAGUUUAGAGGCAACUGAACGCAAGUGUAGCCCUUUGUCAGCUUCUCAAGAAGGAUUUUUUGGUGCUGCUGGUCAGAGUCCUCUUUCACCAAGAUCUCCUCUGUCAUCUGUAUGUGAACCACAGGCGAGCCACAGUCCUCCCGGGCUGGGAAUCAUCACAACUUCUGCGCCCUGUGAGAUUCACUUACAACCUAAGUCUCCUGUGGUAGUCACUUCUCCCAAAAAAGUGCCAAAGGUCCUUUCUCCUAGUAAGCGCUCCAGCAAGCACACACUCAAGUCUUUGUCCAAGAGUAUGGAUCGAUUACCAGCUGUCCCAGGGGCUGCUGGGGAGCGACUGAAACUUCUUCCAAAGAAAGUAAAGAAGAAAGUAGCAGCUCGAAGUGUUACUGAUUUAACAGGAACUAUAGCUUCCCCAGCAAUGAAGCCAGCGACCUCGCAGCCAACACUUGAUUGGAUCAUUAGUACACCACAUCAGGGCUUAUCAUCCGAAAUAGAUACGGUCCCACCAAAGAUUAAGAAAAGAAAGAAAAACAGCAGAAAAUCUUUGUAAACACAUGGUAAACAUUUUAUACUGACUUUGAAAGACUAACGCAUUUAUAAAAGGAAUGACCAUGCAUAUGUAUGUGAUAUGACUAAAAAAGGUUGCAUUUUAUAAUUGUAAAAUUUUCUCAACAUUUGUACACAGCAUUGUUAUUAUUUCUGUUACUCUUGCCUCGCCAAAGCUGCGUGAGUGGUUAUUCCUGCAAAUUUUGCAUGCAUGGAUUAAAAUGUAACUCUGUGUUCUUCAGCUUCUAAUUUGAGUUUACUUGUACUGUAUUAUUGUUGAUGUUGUUAAUUGAAAAGCAUUCAUAUUUUUUAUCUUAGAGUACUUUUAACUUGGGAUGGUGCUUUAUAGUUCUUGGUAUUUCUUCAGCAAAAACUGUCUUGUUUCUUCGUACAUAAAUAUGUACUUUAAAUCUAGACAUUAUAAUGUCCUUUCCUUGUAAAUUUAUACCUCUUAAGGUACUUGAAUAAAUUCUUUUCCUUGCAUGAAAAAAUUUCCUCAAAUCUGAUUGAUUAAUUAACAAAUAUAUUAAUCACAAACAUUUAAUCUGCAAUUUAUUCAAAAAUGAUAAAUGCAUAAUUUGCAUUGUUUUCAACCCUUGUAAUUACUCAUUAAGUCUUCCACAGGGGUUUUUAGGGGUGUUCAAGUGAAUACUAAUGUCCUUUCAUGUUUUUUUUUUUAUUUAUAGACAUAAAGGCAUUUCUCAUGGGCAGUCCAAAACUUUAUGACAUUUUUGGAUCAACAUUAUAUUUUGACUUCUUAUUUAUUGUGGUGCUUAUAUUAUAGUCAUUAGUAAAGAAGCUGAAGUUGUAGGAAAGUGAAAGUUGGAAAUCAGUAACCGCAAGUGGAGGACCUCUGCAUGAAUUAUUUUGUGAGGAAGUUAAAAUGAUGACUUUAGGUGAAGGACCACUCCUUGAAAAUAUUUUUCCUUUCUGAUUUCAAAACGAAUUUUCCUCUUAAGAGGCAUUCAUCUUUAAGCCCAUUAUUAUUCAGGGAUUCUGAAAAUUUUUUUUGUCUUCCACCUUUUUUUUGUCACUUUGCGUUACAACAUGUAAAUUCUUCUAUGUGGAACUUGCAUGAAAUCUGAAAUAUAUUUGGUAAUCUGCACAGCAUGGUAAAUGAAUCUGAUUGUAGGGAGCUAAUGUUAAAUCUCAUUCCUAUGUCAUAAUAAUCACUAAUUUAUACUUGGUAACCCAUCUGGUCUACAGCACUGUUCGUAUAAUGCGUGUGUGUUUGUAGGCAGUGUUCUCCUUUUAUCUCUUGCAUUUAUAGUCUCCUACAGUGAAUUCCUAACAGCUGCAGCUCAGCCCUUUGAGGGAAUUCUGUAGGCAAGGCUGUGUUUGUGCUAGACAUUAUUCUCUUUCUCCUUUCCUUCGGUUGUUGUGUGUCAACAGCUUCUGUAUUUCUGAAGGCUAAGGGAAGUUUUUUUUUAAAGAAGUUUUGGUUUCCUGAAAAACACUACCAUUUUGAUUUUUUUGUAGUAAAUGUCACUUAAAACUGUUUCAUACCCACAACUGAUUUUUAAAUAAAGUUCGUGGCAAAUUUUUAGUGAAAUUUCUUUGGUGAAGAAGGCUGUGUGUUGCAAUGACUUAGUUGUGGUCUGAGUGAAGUACUUAAUGGCUUACAUAGUUAGAAUUGCUGUGUACAUGUGGUCUUUUUGUUUAUUGAAAUCCAAGAAAAAAAAUAGAAAGUUAACUUCAUUACUGAAGGGAUUAUAUAACUACGCCAAGUUAUUGCUUAAUAGCCUCAUAGUCAACAUUUAUGGUCUUGGGGUGUAAGGUUGAGUUCUAAUUCCCAGAUUUUUCCUAAAUACAAGAAAUUUAGAAUAUGAUUGUAAGGGAAAUGUCUUUGAAUUAACAACACCUUAUAUGGCUCAAGAAUUCCAUGUUUUAUCUUUUGUCUAUGCAACUUUUGUUGAUGAACUUUUUAUCCCUUCAAAUCUUUCAAUAGUAUUCAACUCAAAGUUAGAUAUAUGAAUUAAAUUGAUGUGUGAUCAGUCCAGCUUUUAGUUACUCUUAAGGCUUAGAUCUACAUUUUUGCUUUAAUGCUAAAAAUAUCUUUAAGUACAGUCCUUUACAUAGGUAUGAGUCAACUGGAAGAAAUUAGGAAUUAUGGGAUUUGAGUCAGUUCUUUACUUCUACCGAUUUGUAUUUUCUUUUUUAUCAAGAGAAAUACUUAAAAAAAAAACAAGAAAAGGGAGGACCCCAACUGUCCGUGUAUGGUUUGUACUUAUUAAAUUUUAAAUGAUUAUUCAGGUCACAUUAUUUCAGUAUUUAUGACUUCUUUUAACAUUACUUUCACUAUGUGAAAUUCCACCAUCAGCCAUUGUGUGAAUGUCAUCCCAAGUAGUUGAGAAUAGAGGUGUACCCUUACAUUCUUGGUGCUCCAUCAAGAUUAUUGGUAUGCAGCCCUUGUAUCUUUCAGAUUCAGAUACAAGAAAUUACAGAAAAUUCAUAGAGGUAUAUGUAUACAUUUGAGCUGAUUACCAUUAACAUAGUGGAAAGGUAUUUUUUAAUUAUAUAUUUAUGUACUGGUUUCAUUUUAUGAAGAUUGUUAUUUAUUUUGUGUCUGGUGGUAGUAAUUUUUGUCUUUUCAGCCUCUACCUUUAAGAAGGGGCACUGGCAAAAGCAUACAAAGUUGUCAAUGAGAAACUGAGUUUAGUUACAGUAAUGCUAAUUUGUCUUUCUUUGCCAAAAUAUUUUGUGACCUGUUGGAUCUAUUGCCGUAGUGUACUAUACAUCUGACUGUAAUAGAACACAGAUGUACGUAUGCAAGUAGUUAUAUGAACAGUUUACUGUUCUGUUAUGUUGUUGUGAUAUUACAGGCUGCUCAAGGAACAAUAUUCAUUAAUUAAUGGCACAAGGCCCGGCUUAACAUUACAUUUUUUGUAAAUUAAAUUGUACAAGAUGGUAACCUAUGAUAAUAAUUAAUAGUCAACAGCUUUGUAUGUAAGUAAACUGUUUAAACUUCAGUCAGGAUCUGGUUCUUUAUUUUAGUGGAGUAUAUAAGUCUUGUGUAAAAUUGGAAAAAAGAAGGCAUUGGUAUAUGGUGUUAUUGUGCACAAGCAUAUGGGUUUGGAAUCUGUAUUUCAGUGAUUUUGUUGGACAGUUUGCCAUGUGUAAGAGCAUUUCUUUACUUUAGAAGUGUGACACAAGGAUAGGUAGGGUAUCACAGAAUGAUGACUAAUUAGAAUGACUGCUUUUUAGCUUAUUUAAAUAAAUACUGACUGACUUCACUGACAGAUUAGAUGGAAAUUCAGGGCAGUCAUUCAGAUCUGAAUUGUGUUUAGAAGUAGUACCUCUCUGCUCACAGUCUGGUUUACUGAUGACACAUUAGCUCCUAAUUAGGAUAAGAAGCACAAUAUGUGGUGGCACAAAGACAGUUGUCUCUAACAAUGCUCUUCUUUUGAAAGUUAACAAGUAACUUUAUUCAUUUAAUUAGGUUCAGUUUUUUAAGGCAGUCUUUGACACAGUCAGUCCAUAGGCAAAGAGGUAAAUGGUUCUUGGAGUAUUUUGCAGUCUAGUUUUUGGUACAAGAGAACUUCAGUUUUGGCACCAUAUCAAAUUACAUCAAAAUUGUAGUUUACAAAAUUGAUUAUUUGUUAACUUUUGGUGUAAAUAAAUAAUGUUCAUAGGUAUAAUUUGCAUUCUGUUAUUUCUUGUGUCUAAAGAAUAAAAAAAAAGAAAAUUCUGUGAUAUAGACAACUGCUAUAAUUUUGUUUAAUCACAUAAAAUUUAUAGUAUUUUGUAGUUUGCUGUAAAUAAUACUUCACAAAUGUUGCAAGUGAAAAUGAUGAUGAAUCUUUGAAAUGCAAAGCUAGAAUUACCAUCACACUGCUCUCAAAGCUGAUUAUGCCCUACUGUCAAUUCCCCCUCAUUUGGUGCCCUUUAAGAACAAUGAAGGUCUGCAUAUUGCUGCAGACAUGGUCAUUAUACUGUAGUAAUUAGUACUUUGAACUUGGGUGUAAUCUAAAAUUCAGAUAACAUUUCCUCCAUCACCUGGUUAAGAAGAAAUAUUCUCCAAUAAGUAGUUUUAUGUUGGUGUAAAAAUGUAAAGCUUAAUUUUCUUUGGAGUUCCAAGUAACAGUAUUAUAACCUUUGCUCACAUACUCAAAUGAGAAGUGCUGACUGCACACUGUAUUACAUCACAUUGCAACAUGCCAGAUUUACACACUGCAGAGUGUACUGUACAAGGAGUUAAGAUUGAUAAUUUUGUUUGCAAGCAUAGCUGUAAUAGGAGGUAGUCCAGUGUUUAUUUACUUGAAUACAUUCCUAUGCAAGCUAUAAAAUGGAGUGAAGUUGAGUGAUAUUUGGUGCUUCAAUAUAUUUUGCUUGUGAGGACUGUAUUUCAAAUUUUCAUCUAUAUUUCUCCAUUGUAUAUACUAUUGCACUGUGCGUAAAUAUUGUGGUUCUUUAUGUAUGAAAAAUUUUUCUGCUGAAUGUUGAAUUGUAUAUUUAUAGAAAAAAAGAUGGGUACCAACACUGUGAAAGAUUCUUUUAUUUGAGAAGGACUUUCUGUUGUUAUGGAAGUACAUACAUAGUGAUAAUGUAAUAUAGAGGCAUUGCUGAUUGAAAUUCAUUAAAGGUUCCUGUUGUGUAAACAUUGUUAUGAUUUCUGUGUUGAAUGUAAUCAUUUGUUUACCAUUGUCUGUAAAAUAGAUAUUGGAGGGAUAUUUCUCAUGCACAUUUAAUGGUUGCGUCAUAGUUCGGCUAAUUUUGUCUGGCUGUUAAUUUUAUUUUUAGGUUGUGUAAAACAUUUUGAAAUUGAAUGAGAUGCAAGAAGCUGGUGUAAUGAAGCAUGUGUGUGCUUCAACAUAUGUUACACAAGGUAUGUUGUGCUUUGCUUGAUUAACAGUCCGUUAUGUGCAUUUGAAUUGCUAUUCUUAUAAGUACAAAUGUUUCCUCAUAGUGCUGAAAAGUGAUUUUUUUCAUAAUUUUCUAAAUUGUCAUUAUCAGUAAAAAAAAUUUUAAUGAGAUACCUCUUAUUAUUUUUCAAUAUUUAUGGAUUUAUUCAUUUUGACAUUAUGGUCUGUUAUUGAAUGAAUAGUUCAUCCACUGGUGGUUUAUACCAGUUUCAGUGCUGAUCUAAUACACUUUCCAUGUGUGCAAUCAUUGUAUGUAUGUUGUACCUUUUACAACUUAUUUUUACACAUGAGAAGGAUAAAGAAGGAUACAGUAUAGUUUUGCCUUGAUAAGAACCUGUUGUAAUAUCCAUCAGUAUUGACUCUUGGAUUAAUUUUUUGCAGGUUUCAAAACGUUUGGUCUGUGCUGGGGUAAUAUCAAGAUGUAGUUAUGAGGUCAUCUCAUCUGCUGUGUCUUUAUUAGGUAUUUUGUUAUUAUGGUUAAAAUUGACUGAACAUCUUGCUUUGGGUGUUAUUUUUCAUAAACCUUUUGGUGGGUCUGAUUCUUUGAAUAUCAAGGUUGGUGCUGUAAUUGACUGACAAAAUGUAGCAUUGGUUUUAUGGUUUGCAUUUGUGUUGAAGUAAACUAAAGAUUUCAGUACAAUUUUUGUCUUCCUAUGUUUGUGUGAAGUGAUAUGCUCCAGUUCUUGCUACCCAGCAGCAGGAAAGUCUUAAAUUGAUAAUUUUAGAAUCUACAGCACUUCAUGCAAAGUAAAUGGUUGUGUGGACUUUGAUAUGUUGCCCUAAAAGAUUGAUUUCCCUAUUUUAAUUUGGUUAAAUCUAUGCAAAGAGUGAUGGAAAGCAAUUGAUUGUCCUUGCAGUAAAAGAAAAUUCCACAGUAUUCUUACAACCCACAUUAGCUUAAAAAGCCUGUAAUAGCAACCUUUGUUGAUAUACUGAAGUUCUCGGUAGUUAUAAAUGGAUAAAAUUAGAUUUAGGUGCAUAUUUUGUGCGCUCAUUAUUCUUCCAGUGUACAUAGGAAUUAUCCUCUCAUGAAUUGAGAAUCUCUUAUUUGUUUUGUAAAAAUAUAUGUUCUGUAGCAUACUUCUCAAAUAUAAUUCAGAUUUGAAGUACUUCCCAUUUACUUUAACUUGUGUCAUCAGAGCUGAUGCUAUUGGCUUGCAUCCUCUAUACUGUAACAAAUUUUCUAACCUAUGUAUUGCAGUUCUAAAUUGUACAUAGAACAUACCUAAGUUUUUGUGACUGGUUUGUAAGUAUGUAGUGCAUAGCUGCGGAACUCUCUUUAUGCAUUAUAAUGUUCAUAUCUACAUGUGGACCAGUUUUAGCAGAACCAUAAGUAACUUUAUACCUCCAGAACAAGAAGCUAUGAUAUGAGAACUUUUCAUUUACAAACAUGUUUUAACACCAAAUGUAAAGCAAGUACCAUUUUGUUGAUGCACUGAAUGAAAUAUAAGGAAUCUUCAUAGGUAUGAUUUGUUAACAUUAUUGUGCUAAUAGCAUUUUUGUCAUUUUAAGUGCAGUAGUAGCUUUUUUCCUAUAGUAGAGAAGCAAGUAUCUGCAAAUAGCAAGACAGUGCAUCUGGUUACAAAAUACAGAAAGCUGUAAGGACAUUUCUGAAGGAAGCUGGUAGAUAGGAAAGAAAUUAUAAGCUUGGUCAAGCCAGCACUUUCCAGGGAUUUGUUUUUUUCACUUGCCACAAAAAAUAAAGAGAAAAUGUCUUUAGGUGUAGGGCUAAGGUGAUUUUUUACUUGAUAACAAGGGUGGUACAGUGAGUCAAAUUUUUCCAUACUACUUUCCAAGAUAUUUCCUUGAGUUAUUAAAAUUUAGCAUUAAAGGAGCAUUUGACAAUGAAUAAUUAUUAUUGAGAGUUAGAAGUGAGGGCAUUUAUUUUAUGUGUAACACUGUAUUAUGCCUGAAAUUUACUUAGCCAAAUUUGUUGUUAAAUUUCCCAUUUGUAACCGUCAAAUGGUUAGAUUUAAAAUUCUAGCUAGUCCACCAACCUUUAGAGAGAUCUUUCCUCAUCUCAGUAUCUUUCAGAAAUGGAGAACAAUAAUAAUAAUAAUAAGUGAAAAUAUUGCUGUCAUAUUUCCUUCAGUGUAAACUUGCACGUGUUUCAUGUUUUGGGUAUGGUUUGCCUUGACAAACAUAAUAGGAAUAGUGAUAACGAUCGCUUUUUACUCAUAUAUACUAUUGUCUAUAACAAAAAAUUUUUAUAAAUUCACCACAAGUGAAACUGUAUAUAUUGUUGAGAAUUGUUUUGUGCAUUAAUAGUUGCAUAAUGUUUUGCCUGUAUAUAAUGUAAAGUUCUGCAGUUUAGGUACAUGUAUAGUGCACUGAAGUAAUAAUAGAUAUAAACAGGAUUUCUAAAUUGAAUGUAUAUUGUAGACUUCAAAUUUGGAUAUUUUUUUUACAGAUUGGUAUAUCUACAAAUACUGAGAAUGUAUUAUAUUAUAGUAUGAUUGCUGUAUCGCUUUCUUUGUUAAAACUAGUAAAUUUUACUUUUAUCAGAUGUAGUAGUGCAGUAGGUCAGUAGUUUGCAUUGUUAAGUAACCUAUGUCUGUAACUGAUCCCAUUGAAAUGCCUUGAAACCAUUGUGUACAGAAUAUUGUAAUGUAAAAUGCAAUGAAAAGGUGUUUUCUUUA